GAAAGAGAAAAAAAAAGCUCAAAACCCUAGCUGCCGCAAGUCCAUCCAAGCUCUCUCAAUUUCAGAUCAGAGCCGAAGUUCAUCCCAAAGCCCAUUAUCCCCCACCUUUUUUUUUCCGUGUUUGAAAUCUUUCGCCUCUGAUUCGCGCGGCGUCUCCUCCCUUCCGCUACAACAAUCCGAAGAGGAUAUGGAUAACAAUACCUCUUUGAUGCUCAUUGACAACAACGGAUCUUUUGAGAUCGACGACCAAUCCCACAUGGAUGCCUCCAUGGCUUUGGCCGUAACCCCAACCAGGCCCACUACCGAUCCAGCCGAUACCGACGACGGCCUACUCCCGGUCCAACCCGGUACAAUACGCCGCAGGCGUAAGAAGUCAAUGGUCUGGGAACACUUCACAAUCGAAACCACCAGCCCAGGCUCUUCCAAAGCUUGCUGCAAACACUGCAGAAAAUCAUUCGCCUACAUCACCGGCCAAAAGCUCGCCGGCACUAGCCACCUCAAGCGUCACAUCCAGCUAGGUAUUUGCCCAAUGAGCAGAGACACCACUCUCACAACACCGCAACAACAACAAGUCUCUACCGAUACCAAAGAUGUUGUUACCGCUCCUCCCAAGAAACGUCAGAGGGCUUCUUCCUCUUCCGCCACGCCUCACAAAGCGCCGUUAGAUCAAGACCGUUGCUACAGCGAGAUGGCGAAGAUGAUCAUCAUCCACGACUACCCUCUCCACAUGGUCGAACACUCUGGAUUCGCUGGAUUCGUCCGCGCGCUUCGUCCUCAGCUAAGCAUGGCGAGCUUCCACACAAUCCACGCGGAUUGCGUGGCGAUCUACUUGUCCGAGAAGCAGAAGCUUUCGGCCUUCGUCGGUGAGAUCCCCGGGCAGGUGAAUCUCACGGUAGAUAUGUGGACGUCGAAUCAGUCUGUAGGUUACGCGUUUUUGACGGGGCAUUUCAUCGAUAAGAACUGGAAUCUGACUCGCAGGCUUUUGAACGUAGCUGUUGUUCCUUCCCCUGAUUCGGAUUUCGCAUUGAACCAGCCCGUAGCGGCUUGUUUAUCCGACUGGAACCUCGAGAGGAGGCUCUGCAGCAUCACUGUGGGGCAGUCUGUGGUGAACAAAAGCGCUGUUGAGAAUCUCAGGUGCUGUUUGUCUGCUAGGAACCAGCAUGUUAUGAACGGUCAGCUGUUGCUGGGGAGCUGCUACGCGCGGCUCCUGAGCGGUAUGGCGCAGGAUAUGCUUAUGGCUGAGGAACUUAGAACUCUUGUUAAAAAGGUUCGUGAUAGCGUGAAGCAUGUGAAGACUAAAGAUAGUUGCUCGGAGAGGUUUGAUGAGCUGAAGACGCAGCUUCAGACCCAGUCUACUAAAGAUCUCCGCAUCGAUAACCAGACGAAGUGGGAUACGACUUACGGUAUGUUGUUGGCUGCGUAUGAGCACAAGGAAGUGUUUUCUUGUCUGGGGAGCUGUGAUCUUGAAUAUAAAAUUUCGAUGUCUCCUGAAGAGUGGAGGAAGAUCGAGGUGCUGUGCUCGUGCUUGAAGAUUCUUUUCGACGCGGCUAAUGUUUUGACCGGCCCGACCCGGUUGACAGCAAAUGAUAUGUACCAUGAGAUGACGAAGCUUCAGCUGGAGCUAAGCCACGCGGCCAUGAGUGAGGAGCCGGAUGUCAGAGACCUGGCGACUCCGUUGAGAGAGAAGUUUGAUGAGUACUGGAGAGGAUGUUUCUUGCUGCUGUCAGUUGCUGUUGUGAUGGAUCCGCGCUUCAAGAUGAAGCUUAUUGAGUUUAGUUUCUCCAAGGCUUAUGGGGAAGAUGCGGAGAAAUGGAUCAGGAGUGUUGAUGAUGCUGUGCAUGAGCUGUACAAUGACUAUUCUGAACAGAGUCACUCCCUGUUGGAGGCUUAUGUGGGCCAUGGGAAUGAUGGCUUUUCUGAAACAGAGGUUCACUUUCAUCCUGAAUACAACCAUUCGAACGAGCUUUCGCAUGAUCAAAUAUAUGAACAGCCUGGAGGAGAUGGCAAUCUCCUGGAUGAAAAGCCAAGAGACCAUGCUUUAGAAGGUCAUGAGUCUCAAGAAGCUGCUCAGACUGAGCAGACGACGCAGAUGGUUGAGGAACUGCCGCUGGAAAACCAGCAAGUGGAGGAGGAUACAGAUAUGACACAGGAAACGCAGCCGGUGGAUGAAAUACUCGAGGACACUCAAGCAGUGGAAGAACUGGCUCAGGAGGAGGAGCAAUUGGUGGAGGAGAAGCAUGCUGACAAUGACAUUCUUGUUGAGGAAGUAGAACAUGAGACACAACUGGUGGAGGAAAUGGUCGAGAACACUGAACCAGUUGAGCAAGUGGUUCAGGAGGCACAAGUGGUGGAAGAGAAGCAUGGUGACAGUGACAUUCAGCCUGUUGAGGAAGUAGAAAAUGAGACACAGCCGGUUGAGGAAAUGGUUGAGAACACUGAAUCAGUAGAGCAAAUGGUUGAGGAGGCACAACUGGUGGAAGAGAAGCAUGAUGACAUUCAGCCUGUUGAGGAAGUAGAACAUGAGGCACAACCGGUGGAUGAAAUGGUUGAGAACACUGAAUCAGUUGAGGAAGUGGCUCAGGAGGCACAAGUGGUGGAAGAGAAGCAUGGUGGCAGUGACAUUCAGCCUGUUGAAGAAGCAGAACAUGAGACACAAACGGUGGAGGAAAUGGUGGAGAACGCUGAACCAGCUGAGGAAAUGGCUCAGGAGACACAACUGGUGGAGGAAAAGCAUGAUGACAUUCAGCCUAUUGAAGAAACAGAACAUGAGGCGCAGCCAGUAGAGGAAAUGGUCGAGGACACUCAGCCAGUUGAGGAUAUGGCACAGGAGGCACAACCAGUAGAGCCCAAAAAUCCACAAAACGGUGAAUCUCAAUCACAUGCAAUGCCGCAGGAAGAAGCUGCGUUUACAAUCUCUCAAGAAGAAGGUCACCACGUUGACGUCCUUCUCCAGGAAGGCCAUCACCUUGAAGCAUCUUCGCAGGAGUUUCCCCUCAUCACCAUUGGAGAUGGAUUCUCAGACUUUGAGCUUUACAUCUCUGAAGUAGGGAGUCGUGAGCAGAUGAAAUCGGAGCUCGACCAAUACCUGGAGGAAUCUCUGAUACCGCGGUCUCCAGACUUUGAGGUUUUGAGCUGGUGGAGCCUGAACCGAACCAAGUACCCCACCCUCUCCAAGAUGGCAGCUGAUGUCUUGUCCUUACCGUUUUGCACCGUCUCUCCUGACUCUGUUUUUGACACUGACGUGAAAAAGAUAGACAACUACAGAAGCUCUCUUGGACAUGUCACCUUGGAAGCUCUCUUCUGCGCCAAGGAUUGGCUCAUGCACGGUUCCAACGCUUCCACCUCAGAGAACAAUGUGAAGAGGGAACAGUGAGUUUUCUGGGUCAGUGGUGAGAUCUGUUAUGAUAUAGUAUGUAUCUUGUUUCUAGGGAGAUGGUAUUAUAAGCCAGCAGAGAAGAGUCUGGUAUGAACCGGUUGGGUCUUAAUUCAAAGCUGAUGAUCUCUAAUUUAGGCGAGAUGUGAAUUACUUGAUAUCUCUGUUGUGCUUAGUUUAUCUCUGUUGUGGUUCCAAGUCUCUUUUUGGUUGAGACUCUAAAUCCUUUUUAUAGCUUGGUACGUGUAUAAUAUAUUACUUGUUCAAGUUGUGGAAUUGAAUAGAAAUAAUCCAUCGUCUGAGUAAUGAUAA